CAACAUAUUCCUCUUUGGAAUGGCGUACAUGUUUGGACUUGUUUGCUCCGGUCGGUGGGAAAGCUGCGGGCCCGCGUUCGCAAUUUCGUUGUAAUCCCAGCGCCAGCGCCGCCUCCGCGUAGCCGUCGUAGUAUCUGCUAGAAUCUGCUGAGCGAAUCUUUGAAUCGCAGUGAUUUUCGCGAGCGUUGUGUUGUGUGUCUUUGGCCAAGCGGGGCGACAAAAGCAACAAACAAAAAAUGCCAAACAACAAAGCUUUGGGCGAAUUGUGCGCGUAAUUCCGUUGAUUUGGGCAGCGCUGUUCGUGUGCGUGUCCGUGUGCGUGUGAUUGUGCAAAGGCAAUACGAAAUACAAACGUAAAACGGAAAUGCAAAGAAGAAACAACACAAAACAAAGGAGAGCCACAGCAACAAUGACAAAAUACUCGGCAUAACAUCCCAAAAUCGAAAGGCCCAAGCGGAAGAGUAAUUGGAAGCAGCAACAGUUGAUGUAAUCGCAUCCCCGACAUCGGAUAUAGUCACAGACUUUGUUUGGCAUCGAACGCACAGGAAAAACCAGCCGACGGAGGAGGAGGAGGAGUUCGAGGAGUAGCUGUAGUAGGAGGAGGAGGAGGAGCAGAAGCCAUCGGGCAAAGGGCAUAGACUGGCCAGCGGAACACACGUCCUGCGAUUGCAAUGUUUUUGUUUUACAAUCGAAGCCUCUUUGCCAUUGAACUGUUUGAGAUUUUGCUGCUGCUGCUGCCACUGCUGCUGCUGACCGAUAACAAUGGAGGACUGACCCUCACCAAACAGCCAACAACAGUUGCUGCCGCCAUCUCACAACCGAAGAACACAAGCGCCCUCCGACCAUAUUUACAGAUCAAGAAACAUUCCGUCACCAGAGUGACAAUCAGCAAGCCGCAUGCCCCCUACUACCUGCCAUGCGUACCCAUACUCAAUCCCUACAGUAACUAUCAGGAUAACCAACCGCUCUACUGCAGCUGGUAUCGGAAUGGUGAUUCCAUCGAGAAGCUAUCCAUACGCAAAAGUGACUUUUUCAUCUACGAGAAUGGCACACUGCGUCUGCCACCAAAUGAGCGAGCCAGCGGCGUUUAUCGCUGCAAGAUCGAGUGGGAUGAGUCGGGUGUCAUCUCCGACAGCAUAACCGUCGAGUAUCCAGUGCUCAAACGCAUGUUUCCCGGCCAACAGCAGACGGCUAAUAUCAGCGCUUCGGAGAGCAAACCCUUGGUCCUAAGUUGUCCCUUUCUGAGUGUUCCCGCUGCCCGGAUUAGCUGGUACUUUGGCAACGAAUCCCUGGCCAAUGACAACAGUGCUCUUAUCCUGUCGAAUGGCACAUUGAUUUUGCGGCAUUUACGCCGCGAGCAAGCGGGCAAAUACAAAUGCUUGGCCCACAACCCGUACGCGAGCAAGGCCCACCGCCAGUUUGUGUGGCUGUUGCGCGUGGAGCCGAAUGGGGAGCGAGAGACGGCCGUGUCGGAGGCCCAGCUGCUGCCUGCAUUCCAGAAUGGCACCGUGUAUGUGGCUGCGGGCGGAUCCGUGCUGCUGCAGUGCCAUGCGGUGGCCGACUUUGUGCCCAUCGAGUGGUGGCUGAAGUAUCCAAACAACACGCUGCUGAAGAUGAGCAACAACAGUGUGGCGCUGGCCAUCUCGAAUGCCAGUGUGUCGCGCCACGAGGGCUACUACAGCUGCAUCACGCCCCUGGAGACGCAGACGUUCCAUGUGAUUGUAACGACUCCGCCGCGCAUUGUGGCCAGCCUGCCCGUGGAGCUGGUCUUCAUAAGCCUGUCGAAGACGCUGAGCUGCCGCGCCGAGGGCCAUCCGAGGCCGAGCAUCACCUGGUACCACAACGGCGUGCAGCUGAACAGUUCCUACACGCGUUACAUCAGCGGCAAUGAGCUGCACAUCCACUCAUUCGAUCCAGAGGAGGAGGGCCUCUACCAGUGCAUGGCGAGCAAUGUGGCCGGCGAGGACUCGGCCACGGGCGAGAUGCGAUUCAAGAGACAGCUGGAGCAGGGCAAUCCGUUGCAGAACAUCCGCUGCUAUCCGCACAGCUUCCACACCAUCAACAUCACCUUCGACAGCAGCACCCUGGAGUCCAUGUUCGUGGUGUACAUUGUGCGCAGCAAUCCGCACAGUUGGACCUCCUUUGCCCCCAUGAAACUUAAUCAUACCUCGUUUGUGGUCAUCUCCACGAACCUGCCGGUCUAUCGGCCAUUUGCACUCAUCACACGGUUCCUCUAUCCCACCUCCGAGGUGCGCUCGGGCACGGCAGUGCCACAGCAAAUGAUUGUCAGUUCGUUGCGCAGUACACCAGUCACAUGCUGCACUCAGGGCUUAAUGCUGCGGCCCAUUGGAUUGGGCAAUGACACGUUUGUGAAGUGGUCACAGGCGGAGUUGGACAACAAGAAGUACUUCAUUCUGCAGUUCUCCAUCAAUCACACGCAUCCGCAUCCCAGCCAGCUGCUGAAUGGACCGCUCCAUGGCACACUGUCCCCCGUUGAGGAGAAAGUGGACGAAGUGCGCCGCCAUUUGACCAUCAUUCAGCCGUUGAAUCAGUCGGCCGCUGCCACUGUGCUGCGCAAUGCAGAGCACGAGGUGCUGGACAACGAGGUGGAUGAUCUCACGCUGGAGAUGGAGGAGGAUAUCUUCAGUCUGGUGGUGGAUGCCAGUGUGACGGGCAUGCUGCUGCAGCGUUUCGUGCGCAUCAAGAUGCGAGUGCUGAUCAUCACCAGCGAGAAUGAGUUCCUCGGCCAGGACUUUCGCUAUGUCCAGUGGAAGAUUAUAGAGAAUGGCACGUCGGAGCAGUCCAAUAUGCCAUUUCGUUUGACCACCAUGGAGUCGCGUGCGCUGGCCUUCAAGUUUCUGGACAGCCUGAACGAGACGUGUGUGUACGAGUGCCAUUUGGUGAAGCCAAUGCAUAAUACCAAUCAGGAGUCCAAGUGCCAGGAGCGCACCAUAUUCAACUCUGUGCUGCUGGUCAGCGGUCUCAGUGCCAACGAGCGAUACAAUUUCCACUUCUACAACUGCAAGACGCGCAUCUUCUAUGGCGAAAUAGAUGUUCGCACACUGCCAGAUCCUCCUGGCACCAUCAGCAACUCAAGGCUGAUUAAGCAGAAUGGUCUGAAGCUGAUUUGGGAACCGCCAGUGAACCCCAAUGGACGGGUGCAUCACUAUAACAUCAUCUGGACCCUGGACAGUGUCAUGCAUGAGGCUAAUGUGCUCGAGUGCAGUGUCUGCUCGUAUAAGUUUCCCAAUGUCUCGGUGUCGGAUAAAAUUCAUGUGGCUGUCCGCGUGGUGGGCGAGACUGGCGUGGGGGCGCCCAUGUAUUUCGACAUGGCCAGCAACAGUCACAAUUUGCUGGAGGAGGACCGCGCCUCAUCCCGUUCGGAGGUGUACAGUGGCAUUGCCAUCGGUUCGCUACUGUCCAUCGCCUGCGUCUUUAUCUUUGCGCUAUUCAUCAUCCUACAGCAGCGGAGGUUCAAGGCGCGAGUGCAGGGUCCCACGCACCUGACCACGCCCACGGACAUUAAUUUCGGGAAUCUGAGCAGCGCCUCUGGCAUGCCUGGGGAUAGCGCGGGCGGCCUCAGUGGCGGCACCCUGCAGCAGGACUGCCACGAGAUGCAGACGCUUAUUCCCCGCUCGCGCUACCACAUCGAACUGCUGCCGGAGCACACGCUGGAGUAUCAGACCAGCACGGCACACGCUGCCGCCGUCCACCUGCCCAAUGGCAAUGGCACUGUCCAGAUCGUCUCGCGACGCCCCGACCACGAGGGGCACUCAGAGUUGAGCAUUGCCGGCGUGCACAACCUGUCGCAGCUGCCGCUGUGCGGAGGCGGAUCGCCGGAGCGCAAAACCGUGCAGGAUGCCAUGCUGCAGGAGGCCAAGGCCUUUUACAUUCCCUACCGCCACACGCCGCCCAAUGCCGUGGCUCUGGGGUCAGCUGGUGGCUCCAAUGCCAGCCACAAACAAUGUUCCUCGACCAACGGCGAGGGGGGUGUCGGCGGCGGCUGCUUGGAAGUGGCUGUGCCGCCCAACUCGCUGCCGCUGGUGGCCACAGUGACCGGGCUGGGUGGCGGCAACGGCAGCAGUGCACGACGCAGCGGCAGCCUCAGCAGCAGCAGUGCCAGCAGCAGCAGCAACGGCAGCAGCAAAAAGCAAUUCCACACGAACUUUGUGCGGCAUUCAAAUUCCAACGAUGGCAUCUGUCUGCUGGCCGAGGAGGAGGCAGCCGCCACACUGACACCCACCUCGGAGCACGAGUAUGCUGCCGUCUGUCUCACCAAUGGUUUCAAGUUACCCGCCGACAUGACCAAACAGGCGAGGUCAACCGCCGCCAAUGCCUCCAAAUACAGCAGUAGCAGCAGCAGCAACAGUAACAGUAACAGCAACAGCAACAAUAACAACAGCAGCAGCAACAGUCAGAAGAAGCCGGCUGCCGGCCAGCCAAAGGAUCGCCAGCGAGGCAAUGGCAAUCCGAUCUCGUACAGCCACAAUGCAUCCAUAGUUCCUGCCAAUGGGCCACACACGUCGGCCGUUGACAACACUGCCACAGCCACAGGUCAAGUGGCAAGUGGUAAACAGCCCUGGCCGGCGGCGCAAGUGGUCCACCGCCGGGCACAGGUUGAUCCCAAUGGGUGAGGCAGCAGCCACAGCCACAGGGCAGCAGCCCAGCCAAGCCAAGCAAAAGUAUUUUUAUGAAGCUACAAGAGAGAGGAGAGAGGAGGAGAGUAUGUAAACCACAUUCACAGCUCGAAACAUUCCAAAACACGUUGAAGGAUGAAGGAUGAGGAUGGAUCCACUAGAUUGUAUGGUGAUGAUAGGCAUUUAUAAGAAAUACAUUUUAUAAAUGUAGAUAAUUAAUACUAAACUGAAACUGGAACUAUGGGAGAAAUGAUUCGAAUAAGGAUGAUAUUUAUAAACACACACACACACACACACACACACAACACAUAUACAUACAUAAAUACAUACAUAUUAUGUACGCUACAUUUUAAGCUAUUCGUAAAUAGGUUUUUAUAUCGCGACGAUUUUUUUUAACUAUAUUUUUAUCGUAUUUUGUACUUGUUUAGUUUUUGUUUGUUUUUUUUUCGUUAAUUGAGGCUAAUUUCUAUUACAUGUAACGUCUUUAAACGUAGACACAUACAAUACCAAUACAAUACAUAAUUUAUUGUUGCUGUCGGAGCAUACGAAACGAACAUGCAUAAACAUGUUUAUGUUUAUGCAUGACAAUAUUUGUCACUUGUAAUUACGUACUACAUUUUACAAUCUAUACUCGUAUCCGGACUGCCGCAAAGAUUCAAUUACUACACCAACACACACACAUAUUUAUAGUACAUACAACAAGCCAAACAGAAACCACACAUAUUGCAAUAGCCCACUCUUACACACACACACACAGCCACCCACUCAAACCACACUCAACCACAAUAGUCACAAGUGUUCACAUCGAUUCACCGAUUUAAAACGUAAUUUAAUCCAUAUUUUUGUGCGAGUAUUUGCAUUCGUACACGUAUUUGUAUUCUUAUUUGAUACAUGCACCGACCCCCCAGUUUUUUAACAACUAAAUAUUUAAUUUCCGCAUUUUUUACUGCUGAAUUUUGUUUGUUUUUGUUUUUAUACAACCGAUAUAUCAAAUGUACCUGAUUAUAUUCAUUUUGCAUUCUUGUUUCUGUGCUCUCACUCGCUAUCACACUCCAUAACACACACAAACACAUGCCCCACUGGAAACAGAUUCCAGUUAUAUAAGAACAUAAAUACCAUAUAGAACCACACACAGAAUCCAUAGCAUUUUGCAACCCUAUUGUAUUUGUAUAUUCGAUUCAGCAACCGUACCUCGUUUGUACAAAAAAAAACUAAACCUGUAGCUACGCCAAAACAUACAGCAAACACCCACAUUCAUCCAUACAUACUCCUUACCCAUAUACCAUACCCACAAGCAUACAUAAAAACAUAUGUAUCCAUGAUAUUAUUUUUGAUAAGCAUAGAAAAAGUUAAAGUAGUAGCCCCGCAAUGACGACGAGUAUUUAGCCAGGAUAUAAAAGUGUAUUUUGUGAAUUGUUGUUCAGUGUGAAAUGAGAAACAAAAAAGAUUGUUACGAAAUGCAAAACACAAACACACACACAUACACAAACAUAAACAAAUACUUUACAACUAAACAUUCCACAGAUAAUGCACCACACAGACAACAUAAACACAGAGAACAACAAACUCUAACAACAAAUAGAGAGAAAUUUUAAAUAAUGAAAAUAUGAAAAUAUAUAUACACACACACACUCUAACAGAAAUACACAUGUAUAUGCUAUAUGAUUCGAUGUGAACGAAAAAGAAAAUGUGUUUGAUAACUGUAACUGUAACUGUAUACGUAUUUAGAGUCUAAGUGCAAUACCAACACAAAAUACAUAAAUAACUAGAAGAUCCCUGAGGCAAGAAAACCAACCAGCAACUAUAAACAAUAGUACCUUUCCAUAUAAACCAGCAAUGAGCCAGAGGUGCUCAGACCCGAACAACAUUCAGUUGGGGGUCAUGCAUAGACCAUUUACCAUUUACCAUCUACCAUUUAUCCAACAAUAACAAUCUCAUUUGUGUUCAUACCGAAUAAAGCCACACAGACUCUGCAUUUCCAAGACACUGAUCGAUGUUAUAGAUGUAUAGCCGCAUAAGUUUAAAAACCGUUUACAAGGUAUUUCCAGUGUUCCAUUUAGCAAAGAACUUUAAAUUACAUAUAUACAAGAAUAAAAGGCAUUUAAAGAAACAAACAAAAAGAAAUUAAGUGAAAAGAAAAAAUAUUCCGCAAAAGAAAAACUCAAAAUUCCUAGAACGGAGAAAAAUACGAAGAGAACAUUUUAAACGUUACAAAAAUUAAGCAUACGACAAGAAAAAUUAACUAAUACUAUUAUACAUAUGCAGCAAAAAGGCAACAUGAGAAAAAAUGUAUGUACUAAAAAAUAUAUAAUUAGGCAUAAGAGAUCCAUAUGUAUGUACUAUUACGUGUUUGGAAAAGAAAUGAGGAAGAGGAAGGAACGUUUAGGAAGACGAAGGAGAAAAUUAAGUAAUAUAGCUGCGAUUGUGAUCGCCGUGUAAGUGGAUGUGAUAAAUGUUUAAAUUAUUUAAGCGCAAAAAAACAAUAAACAGAUAAAGAAAUUAAUGAUUAGGAAGACGGAGAAAUGCGUAUUGCGACUUUUGCAACGGUUUUUGGCCCAUGGAAACCAAAUCGAAACCAUUAACUAAAAGUCCACUAAAAUUAUAAGGCGAAACCAUGAUUAUGUUCGAAUCUUUGGCAAAGCUGCUGCUCCUAGCACACUCUCUACUAAGUCUACAUAUAUAUAUUACAUGUAUAUGUACAAAAAACGAUAUAUGCAUACAUAUAUUAUUAUAUUAUUUUAUUUUUGUAUUUUUAGUUUGCAUUUAAGCCCGCAUUUUGUAUACCUCAUUAGUAGAGUGGCAAGCUACUAAAUUUUGUAAACGUAUUUAGGCUUGGUUUUCCUUAUUUUUGAACAAACAAAAAGUAUGUUUGAACUAUCCACAACAUAACUGAAAGCAAAACGGAACGAAACAAAACAAAAACUAAUGUAUUUUUUAUGCAAUUUAUAUGCAUUGUAUAUGCAGGCGAAAUUAAUUAUUUGUAGCACCUAAGCUGCCAACGGUUCGUGUUAAAGUUUUCGAUGCAAGUUAAUUGGCAAUUACCAAACAAACCA